AUGGACACACAAGAAGAUGAUGUGCCAGUUGAAGCCUUAUUUCGGCCAGCGAAAAAGCGCAAAUUCAUGCGACGACGUCCUGACCAUGAGAGCCCCGACAACGAAGAGGCCGAUGAUCAAAAUGACAAUGCCGGCGCGUCACAAGCUCCGGGAAGCAAUAAUCUUCGGCGCCCACGCGCAGCUCGAAAGGGCGGCAUUGGUUUUUCUACCGCGUCACGACUAGGAGAUAAUCAGGGCCAGCAACUAGCGCUAAUACCACCGGCUGGACAAACCGAGGACGAGAAAAUACGAGCAAUGAACGAACGUUUCACUGGAUAUACCGGUCAGACAGUCGAUGUUGACAAGCACAUGUACGAAAUCUUUCUUCCCGCUAAUCAUCCAGUUCGUUUUAUGUGGACUAACGAGAUAAGGAUGGCAUUCAUAGAUUCCGAAAUGGCUAAGCGCUACCAGCCCGACUCAAAGACGGACCAUUCAGGCUCCAACCAACCAAACCAGGAGGAAGUCGCCGGGGGGCUCUCGCUACCUGGACACCAGACACGGGAACCUGCCUCUCUAGGCAAACUCCAUGAAAUCGACCUUGGUCACGAAACUACAUUGCGAAACAUUGCGCGGACAGAAGCUGCGACUCGGCAAAUGGCCGGGAAGGGUGAACUGCCAACAUCAGCGAGUUAUUCUGCUACAGAGACAGGUCGCCCUGGCCCAGACGGCAAGUCAUGGCGUAAUCGCAAACAGAGGACAGAUGCAGACAUCGCAAGAGAUCGUCUUGUGGAGGAGGUACUACGUGAGAGCAAAUUGGAAAUUUAUGAUGAACCUGAGGAGGAAACUCAGCUUGAUGACCAACAGGCUGCUGAUGACCGAGUUGCUGAGCAAUUCAGGCGGGACUUUAUGGAUGCCAUGCAGACUCGUCGUCGAACUAAACCCGCAGCAAAACCGGCGGCUAAUGUUGAGGCGCCUCGGGGUCCGAAGCUUGGUGGCAGUCGCAGUGCAAGGGCUGCAAUGCGGGAAAAGGAAGCACAGGCGGGGAAGAAAUGA